UGUCGAUAUCAUUUGCAUUACUGUGUGUUUAAAUACAUCUCUGUGCCAUUUCCCCGGCGAAUUGACGCCGAUUUCAUCUUAUGCUUCCUCUCUCGCCGUCAGCUUAUCGGAAAUCGGAAAACCAAACCUUAAUUACAGACUAUACUCUCUCUGUAAAUUAUAGUUCAAAGGAGAUGGAUGAUGGAGCCUCUGUCAAAGAGAAGCAAAGGAACUCUGAUAGGAUAAGCAAUUUACCUGAUUCGUUGUUAUGUCGGAUUCUCUCAGAUCUCUCCACAAAGGAAUCGGUUAGCACCAGCGUUUUAUCAAAACGAUGGAGAAACCUCUGGUUUCAUGUUCCUGCAUUGGAUUUGGAUUCCGGCAACUUCCCAAACGAUGAUAAUGACUUUGUGAGUUUCUUAGAUAAGUUUCUGGGUUCUGAAAAUGAGCAACACUUGAAUAGAUUUAAGUUGAUCUACGAGGUUUAUGAGCACGAUGUUUCUCGGUUCAAUUCUUGGAUCAAUGCUAUGGUUAGGCGUAGGGUUUGUCAUUUUGAUGUUCAUAGUGAUGUGGAUGACGAUGAGAUAGUUAAGAUGCCUCCAUCUCUUUAUUCUUGUGAGAGUCUUGUGAACUUACGUCUUUACCGCGUUGUUUUGCUUCAUCCCGAAUCUGUUUUGUUACCUUGUGUCAAGAUCAUGCAUCUAGAUAUGGUCAAGUAUGAUGCUGAUUCGACUCUGGAGAGUCUAAUAUCAAGCUGUCCUGUUCUCCAAGACUUAACCAUAGUCCGUGAUCCCAAUGAUUCUCUUGAAGUUGUGUGUGUGCGUUCCAAGUCACUUAAAAGCUUCACAAUAGAUUCUGAGCGAUGGGAAAGUGAAAAUCAUGUUGUUGCAAUCGAUGCUCCUAGACUUGAGUAUAUGAAUCUCAGUGAUCACCGAUCUGACAGCUUCAUUAUACACAGUAUUGGUCCCUCUGCAAAGGUAGACAUUGAUGUUCUUUUUAAUGUGGAAUAUAAUGAGCCAUUGGAUACAGAUGAUUCUUCCAAGAUAGCUAUGCUCGGUAAAUUUCUCACCGGAUUAUCUACAGUCAGCGACAUGAUCAUCUCUGCUGAAACCCUAAAUGUUAUUCAUGAUUACUGCGAGAUUGAACAGCUACCUCAAUUUUCUAACUUGUCUCGCUUGCAUGCUUACUUCCAAGAAACUUCGUGGGAAAUGUUGCCAACCUUCCUUGAGAGCUGCCCAAAUCUACACUGUGUUAUCCUGGAAUUUGAUUUGCUACCAGAGACGGAUCAGAUUGAUCUUUCAUCUGUGCCACAAUGUUUCAUAUCAUCUCUUGAGUUUGCUCACCUGAAGGCCCCAUUCACUGUAAGCAUGCAAAAGGAAGGGAGACCACUCACAGGAACACCAAGUAAGAUGAAAUUAGCAAAGUAUUUUCUAGAGAAUGGUUCAGCUCUCAAGAAACUGACAGUAAGUGAGAGUUUCUGUAACAUCAUCAACGAAAUCAAAUCGAUCCCAAGGAGUUCUACGAGGUGUGAAGUCGUCAUGGAGUAAUUGUGCCAGCUUACAAAGUCGUCUAUGAGACUCUGCCUAAUCCAGUUUUGUACCCAGUGAUGUACAGAGAAAUCAAAGGGUUGUCUGAUUCUGUCCUUUAGUUAACUAGUAAUCCCGGAAUAUUUUUGUUAAGCUUUAAGCUUUUAUAUUUUUUUUUUGUCCUGAUAUGAUAAAUUUUGUUUUUAUUACGUUAAUCUAACUAUUCUAUAUAUGCAUCCUAACAUCUUCACUAUUA